GCAGGAUAAAAUAAGUUUGCUUGCGAUUUGUGGUAUGGCCGGCGUAGGCAAGACUACUUUGGUCAAACAAAUUGCUGAUCAGGUUAAGUUUGAGAAACUGUUUGAUCGCGUAGCCUUUGCAGCUGUGUCUCAAAAUCCAGACAUGAGCAAUGUCCGAAAUCAACUUGUUGAGCGGUUAGAGCUGAAAAUUUCUGAGCAAACUGAUCUGUCAAGAGCUGAAAGAUUGUAUAUGACACUAACCAAUAGUGACAAGAGAAUUCUUGUUAUAUUGGACGACAUUUGGAAAGAAGUCGAUUUUAAGAGUCUAGGAAUUCCCGUCAAAGGUGAAUGCAAGAGCUUAAAAGUCAUACUGACGUCUCGAUCCUCAUAUGUUUGUAGGGGGAUGGGAGCUGAAAUCUUUGAGGUGAAUGUCUUGCCUAAAGAAGAAGCAUGGCAUCUUUUUAAGGAGGUUGCAGAAAUUUCAGAUGAUUCUGCUUUGAUUGGUGUUGCAAAGCAAGUUGCAGAGGAAUGCAAAUGUCUACCUCUUGCAAUCGUUGUUGUUGCCCGGGCAUUAAAGGGCAAUCAUACUCCAGAAUCUUGGGAUCGUGCCCUUCGGCAACUAAAAGAGUACACAAUUAGAGAACUAGAAGGAGAUGAAGAUUUAGUGUUUUCAAGAAUUAAGUUUAGCUAUGACUAUUUAAAAAGCGCUGAAGCUAAGUCAUUACUUUUGCUUUGCAGUUUGUUUCCAGAGGAUUAUAGUAUUCCAAUCGAAUGUUUGGUUAGGUAUGGUAAAGGCCUAGAAUUGUUCCCAGAUAGACGGAGGUUAGUAGAUGUAAGAGACAAGGUAGACACGCUUAUUGGUCACCUGAAAAGCUCCUAUUUGUUGCUAAAUGAUGCUGAAAAAGAAGACUCUGUAAAACUGCACGAUGUCGUGCGAGAUGUGUGCUUGUCAAUUGCAUCAAAAGACGAGCAUGAGUUCUUAGUGAGCAAUUCUGGAGUGGGAGAAAAGAAUUCUUACACGGCAAUUUCACUAAUAUCGCAUGAUUCCAAUCAUGAUCUACUUCCAUUUUGCAAGGAAUAUCCAAGGCUUAGGCUGUUGCGCUUGGUAUUCCGAUUUGGGAAAUUGAACCUACCAAGAGAUUCUUUUGUAGGAAUGGAAGCUCUCAGGGUCAUGGAAUUAAACCACUCGCAAAUUGAAUUUCCACUGUCAUGGCCUGGCCAAAUGUUAAGGAGCCUUCGGACACUGUGUCUGGAUUAUUGUGCAUUGGGCACUGGAAUCUCAUCAAUGCUUGGACACAUGAUGCAAUUGGAAAUUUUGAGCCUCUUUCAAUCCAAAAUUGUGGAUGAUCGGUUUCCGGCUGAAAUCACUCAGUUGAGUAAUUUAAAGUUGUUGGAUUUGAGGGUUGAAAGUAGCAUCCAUCCCUUACCUAGUGGUAUCUUGUCAAGCUUGAAGAAACUAGAAGAAUUGUAUUUGGGAUCUGGUGAUCAUUUGCAGCUAGGGAGAGAUAAAGAAGAGGAAAGAAGAUGCCUUAAAGAGAUCUCAUCAAUCUCUAACCUUGCAUGUCUCCAAAUUGCUUUAUAUGACCUUAACUUCCUACUUCUAUCUUUGCAAGAAUUUGAUACUCGGAGGCUGUCAAGAUUUCACAUUGCAGUAGCUAAUCAUAGAGGAGCAAUGAUAGAUAUCAGCAAAAACUAUCAAUUUCGAAAAAGCUUCGAGCUUUAUAAUCUUGAUGGUGAAGGGUUGAAACAAGUGUUUGAUCCUAGUGUUACUAGCAUUGUCAAGAGAACUGAGAAUCUCACUUUAAAUCUUUCUUACUCAUCAUGCUUGAGGAAUCUUGUGCCUAACUUGGGUGAAAAUGGGUUUAUAAAUUUGAAAAGGCUUUAUCUGCUCAAUGGACAAUAUGAAUGCCUUGUUGAUUCUACCGCCAACCUUGUUGCUGGACAUGUUUUUGAAAAUUUGGUGUCCAUGGAGUUAAAAUUUUUGAAGUUGAAAGAAAUAUGUAACGGAUUUCUUCCACCUGGGUGCUUCAGACAACUUCAAGAGGUGAGACUUCGUGAAUUAAGUGCUUUAGAGUACUUGUGGAAGGGAUCAGUCAAACCUCCGUCGCUUUGCAACCUCAUAUCUAUUGAGGUAGAGUAUUGUCAUAAAAUUACAACUUUCUUCUCGCAAUCAGCACUGAAAUGUCUAGUGAAACUCCAAAGGAUAGACGUAUAUAAAUGUGAAAAUUUGGAGAGAAUUGUUCUGAGUGAGGAAAGUCUGACAGAGGAAGUGCUUGUACUACCCCAAUUCAAAGCGUUAAGCUUACGCAUGACAAAAUUUAUUGGUUUUGGCCCUAAAGAUGAUAAAGCCGUGGCUUUCUUUGACCAGGUUUCACUCCCCCUCUUGGAAGUACUAGAGAUUGUUGAUCCUGGUGAUGGCCCCGAACAACUAAUAGGAGGGAAAAUGCCUAGUGGGUCCCUCGACAACUUAAAAUCCAUGAACCUUGUUGAAUGUAACUCUAUCCGAUGCAUUGCCAAAGCAGAUACGGUUACAUUGUUACAAAACUUGCAAGCACUUUACAUGUGGUAUUGUAGUGGGAUGGAAUUUCUUAUUGACUUUGAGGGUCUAAAAAUUCAUAAUACGCUAUCAAAAAAGGGAUUUGAAAUUCUCCCCAAACUUGAGUCACUGGACUUGCUUGUCUGUCCAAGAUUAACCCACAUUUGGAGAAAUUUUCCUGAAGGGGUUCGAGUAUUCCAAAACUUAAGAAGGCUACAUGUGAUCGGGUGCCCUUUAAACUGUUUGUUUCAUCCUCCUAGUGUGGCUACCAUGCUCAAAAGUCUUGAAGAACUACAAGUUCAUGGGUGCUCGGAAAUGUGUGGAGUUAUAGGUGAGGAAGAUGAAGAGGUCAGCCUAGAAGAUAAUGCUCAGCAUCAUGAUGUUGGAAAACGUGGAGAAAUUGCACUGGGAAGAACCAGCAGGGAGUUGGUGUUUCCUAGAUUAAACUCUUUGUGGUUGGACGACCUUGAGAAUCUUCGAAGCUUUAGUGGUAGUCAUCGGGAGGAUUAUGAGUUUAAAUUUCCCUUCCUCACUGAGUUGAUCAUAGUGAGUUGCCCAAAGUUGAAGAAAUUUUGUUCGGGAAAGUUGAAUGCACCAUUGCUUAAGAAAAUCCAAACAGCACCUAGAGAUAUAAAGGAUUUUGAAGUUCCCGUGGAUUUAAAGGAUCGAGAGAUUUGUCCUUGGUUAAUUUUAAAUUGACACAAUUAUCUGCAUAUUAAGAAUGUUGUGGGAACCAUCAAGUUGAUCGAAUAAUGUGGUCUAGUUACCACAGUCUUGACUGAACUGGUGGAUUGGGCUAUCAGAUAUGGAUGGAGAUCUUAACAUGGUUAAUACUAUAAGUGUGGAACUUAUAUAGGUAUUGUGUGCUUGCUUUUGUCAUUGAUUUUCAAAUAAUAAACAUAUUGUGUGUAUAGUAUCAUGGCUUUUAAAUAAUAAAUGUGCUGUAUGUAAUGUAUCAUGACUUUCAAAUAAUAAAUGCAUUGUACGUAUCAUAUCAUGGACUUUAAACAAAAAGAAUGAAGCUUUUUUUUCCUGUG